AUGGAUAGCCUGCAAAAUUCUACGGCCAAGCCCGCGGAACUACCUCUACUUUAUGCUGCAAGACAUGUUCCAGUUGCGCUGACACCUCCUCCUUGCUAUUCUCGACAUGCGCCUGUAAGGAAUCCAAGGUUUUUGUAUCUGUACAACAGAAAACUACUGAUUGUAAUUGCCUUGUUUUUAUUUAUUAUAUCGGUUUUGUUGGGCGUCGGUCUAACAUGUCGCUUCUAUCCAAGCGUUUGCGAAGCUGAGAACAUCGAAGGAUCCAAGAGCAAAUCAGCGGUUAAUCCAGGAACUAACAACAGUUCUCCAGCUAAGGGAGAGCUGCUUGGAAGUUCAGAGCCAAGAGGCCGCUAUGCUGGACAGGCGGAGAUGGAGCCUCUGAUAGACCCAAACGCUAAAGUGCCCCUGCCGACCGAGAAAUACGACAAACUACUAACUAUGAAGGAAGUGUUGUCUUGCGCUAGAACCUGUGCUAGCGCAGAGAAUCUUAAAAGUUGUUGUCAAGCCCAUGGAUGGAAUGGAGGGGUUUGUAUUAGCCACAACGAAGGGUUUCUCCGCGCGAUUUGCACAAAUGCGUAA